AAAAAAGAAGAAGCGUGUCUCAGUCAGUGAGUGCAAAGAGAUGGAGAUCAGAGAGAGAUGUGACUGUCGGCAUGUUCAUUUGGGACCCGCAUCCGACAAAAACUAAUAAAAAAAAAACCACCCCCCUUUCUUUGUUCCUCGUUCCUGACUCUGAGCACUCACUGCCAUGUGCUCAGCUUCUUCACCUUCUGGCUGGCUCUCUCUGGCGCUAGCUCUCCCUAAGUUCCAUGUGCAACACUACUGAGAGAGACAUUGUAAACACAAACUCAGUGCUCCAAAAAUGUCUGGUAUGAACUAAGAUUAUCACCCUCUGAACCUCUCAGUCUCUCUCUGUCUCUCUCUCGCUCUCUCGCAAUGGACCCAAAAACUCUUCUUGACCAUGUUCUUUUCCAACUCACUCCAACCAGAACCAGAUGCGAUUUGGUGAUUUUCGCCGGUGGUUUGACCGAGAAGUUGGCGACGGGGCUUCUGGAACCGUUCCUUUUGCACCUGAAAACCGCCAAAGAUCAGAUUUCAAGAGGUGGGUACUCGAUCACUCUGCGCCCGGCGGGCUCAGUUGCCUCCUGGUUCACCAAAGCAACUCUGCAAAGGUUUGUGAGAUUUGUUAGCACACCGGAGCUUCUUGAGAGAUUUGUGACUAUAGAGAGAGAGAUCGUGCAGAUUGAGAAUUCAAUUCAAUCAAGUGAAUCAGCGGAGGCAGAUGGAAAUGUUUCAGCUGCUGAUGGGAAUUUCAAAAGAUCAACCACCUCCUUGGAUUCAAAUGGAACAGGCAAUGGUGUCCCAGAAGAAAACUCCAAGAUUCGUCUUCAGCGUGUUCUGGAAACUCGAAAGGCAGUGCUCCGCAAAGAGCAAGCAAUGGCUUAUGCCCGUGCGCUAGUUGCUGGAUUUGAGCUGGACUAUAUCGAUGAUCUUAUUUCUUUUGCUGAUGCUUUUGGAGCUUCACGUUUAAGGGAAGCAUGCAUAAAUUUCAUCGAUCUAUGCAAGAAAAAGAAUGAAGAUAGGCUCUGGGUAGACGAAAUUGCGGCAAUGCAGGCAUUCUCUCAGCCAGAAUUGCCAUACUUGGGAACAUCUGGGAUCAUGCUUGCUGGUGAAGAUCAUGAAAAUAGUCAGAAUAUUAUGAUAAAUGUUCACCCAAAUGGUCUCUCCAGUGGGAAACAGAACGGCUCUGUAGAUGCAUCAGUGUCUGAUUCAACUGCAAGUCAUGGAAGUUUGGAAGGUAGCCAAGAUACUAGCUUGCCGACAUCAACUCAAAUACCAUCAACAAAUGGGAGAGCUCAAGCACCAAUGUCAUGGACAAAUCAUAUUCCUCAUUACAUGCACAAUUUUCAAGGUCCUGUAUUUCAACAAAUGCCCCCAUAUCCAAGCUACCUUUUUCCUGGUAUGCAGCCUGCUUCUUCAUAUUAUCCAGGGAAUAUGCAAUGGCCUUCAAAUGUGGAAGAUUCUGGUCCUGUUCAUGAUCAGGAACUAGAUAAUCAUCGGAAUCAUAAAUCAUCUUCUAGGAACAAAAAGAAACUUUCAAGUGGAAAAUUACUGGAAACUUCAGAACAAGAUGGAUCCACUGAGCCCAGUGACGCCAGUUCUGAGAGUGAAUCAGAUGAUGGGUAUUUGGAGCAUAGCAAAAAGUACUCUUCAAAAGAGCAGCUGCAUAAAAAGAAGCAUGGGAAGAAGCCCUCAAGAAAGGUUGUUAUCCGCAAUAUCAAUUACAUAACCUCUAAGAGGGAUGGAGAGAAGGACACUGUCUCGGAGGGGAAUGCAUCUGAUGAGGAUUCAUUCAUUGAUGGGGAUUCACUCAAACAGCAAGUUGAGGAAGCAGUUGAAUCAUUGGAGAGAAGACAUAAAUCAACUUCACGUCAUCAUAGGAAACAAGUGGGGGCCAAGCUUCCCGGCAUUGUAAAUGGUUCAAAUGAUGCUGCUGAUCAGGAAAUUAAGAACACAGUGGCUAAUGAUUCUGAGCGGGAAAAAAGAAAUGACCAUUGGGGUGCUUUCCAGGAUCUUCUUAUGAGAGACGAGUCAAGUUAUCUUGGUACAGAGCCAAACUCUGUAGAAGUCCAGGAGGAUUAUUUUAAGACUAACUCAGAAGAGGGAAGGCCAUUUUCCUUUAACCUGGAACAAGAGAAAGUUACAAAGCAACAAACGGUAUCAAGUGAUUCCUUUGUUGUAACAGAGAGGAAUGCAAGUAUGGAAGGGAAAACUCGCAUUGCAAAUUUUGAAGUUGACGAAAAUGUCCACCCAACUAUUAGGAAAGCAGAUAGCACAUAUGAGGAAUUGUUAUUUGUACAGAGAAGUGAAGAAUCAGGGAAUCGUUCCCAUGCUAAUAUAUCUGAUAAUGCUACCGAACCUUCCAUAACCAAAUGUCAAAAAGAAGGAGAUUGGUUCCUCAGUAGCCAACCAGAUAAAUCAGCAAAUCAAGAUGAAAGCAAAGAUCUCAACAUGUUUGAUGGUGUUUACAUUUCACCGGCAACUGUUGAUAUUUUUCAUGCUGAAAAAAAUAAAAAAGAUGUUUUAGCUGAUGACUCUUUCAUGGUUCAAGCUCGAUCAUUCGAUAAUCAAUCUGAUUCUCAACUGAGGACUGACAUAAGCAUGGUUUCAGAUAUUGUUGGAGCUGCUCAAUAUGAAUAUGGGACACCAGAAAUUUCACACGAUAAGCCUGAAGCUAUUGCUGCUCAUGAGCCAGAUGACCUUUACAUGAUGCUUGAUCGUGAUUCAACUGUAGAACAUGCUGUGGCAUCUUGGACUCCAGAAAUGGAUUAUGAGAAUAACAUUUUAUCAACUGAAGCCAAUAAGAGGUAUUCUGACAGUGAAACAACUGGCUGUGUUGAUGAUAAGCUGCCUUCUAAUGGGAAGGAUACAAAAGGUAAAAAAGAUGGAACUCCUGAGGGAAAAGUUACAAGUAAAGAAGCAAGGUCUAAACUUGUAAAUGGUUCCCUUGGGAAAAGCAAAUCUAAUAUUGUACCAGGGAGCAAAAAACCAUCUUCUGGAAGCCGAACUUCAGUUCCAAAGAGCAAAUUUGAGAAGGAAGAAGAGAGCAGAAAGAGAAUGGAGGAGUUAGCGAUUCAACGCCAGAAGAGAAUUGCUGAAAGAAGUUCUUCUAGUGGGUUUAGUGCAGCAACAACUAAAAGGACAGCUACAGUAAAUAAAACUGCAACGCCUUCCAUGAAAACUGAGAAGCCUAAAAUUCAGACCCCAAUCGAAGAGACCAAGAAACUACAUAAGCCAGUUCUUAGGAGUUCCACCAUAGAUCGCCUUGCAACUGCACGAAUAACUCAGAAGGUCUCGUCGACUCAAUCAAAGCCGGAGCAGCCCAAAAAGUCAACCUUGAAGGCAAAUGGUGUUGGUGCAACCACCUUACCACAGAAGACAGCUAGUGCUGAGAAUAAGAAACUGAGUCUAAACAAAGUCAAACUUUCAGAUGAGAUAAAGGUUCCUACGAAUUUAAAUCAGGCACUUUCUUCAGACUCUGAUGUUCAAGCAAAGGAUUCCAUGGAUUCCACAGCAGGAUUGCUAGUGAAGUCAUCAGCUGCACAAGAAACUCAAGCCAAUGAUGCCCUUGUUCUGAAAGACAUCAAGGAGCUGCACAAUACAUCUUCAACUGAGAAGAAUGGGGAAAAUGUGGUUUCACAUCAGGAUGACUUGGAUGAUGGAAACUGCAGUGGGAAUUCACUCGACAUGGCCUCAUCUGUGCCUAUUGAAGAUCACGUUCCACAAUUGAAUCAGCUAGAAGGCAAUGUUGAAGGAUUAUCUAAAGCAUCUUCUGUUCAUCCUGUAGAAAAAACACAUUCUGAAGGUCCCCAUGAAGAUAUUCCUGAAAUUACUAUACAUCCUAUGCCAGCAUCACCUAACAAAACUUUGUUGGCUUAUGCCGAGAAUAUCGAAGCAAAUGGAGCAACAUAUGACAAUGUACCUUUCUCAUCUGAAAUUUCUGAGAUAGAAAUCUCAACUCCACCACCAAGUAAUGGAGCAGUCUCUGAGCAAAUCCAUGCCAGGAAGAAAUGGGAAAGCGAUGAGAACUCUACUAAAUCUGCCAAAGGGUUUAAAAGGCUUCUCUUGUUUGGAAGGAAAAAGGCUGAAACUCACUCGUGAAUUGAUGAUCCUGUCAUAGUUGGCUGAACUCCGUGCUAACAGCUUAUGUGUUCAUGCCAUUCAUGAUGCCUCUGCUUUAGAAUAUUGGUUAUUCAAGGGCAAGAGGUAACUUCCCAGUAGAAUUGUUUGAUCAUGCAGCUGAUGUGUGCUAUAUAGCUGUUGAGUGGAAGAAAAUUGUUUGCUCUCAUAAUAAUAAUAAGGCUUUCGGUUUUGCUGCCAUACAAGGAUUUGAAAUGUUAUAUGCAUCUGAAUUUGUAAACAGGUAAUCUCUUAUGAAUUUGCUCUGAUGAUAUACACCUGGAGUGUUUUUUUUGUAGUAUGUAUUUUAAUUUCAUUCAAAA